CGUAACUGUACCCGCCCAUCCCAUCUGACUGGAUUUGGAAGCGCUGACGUUGCUAUGCUGCUAUGCUGCUUCUGAUGCUGCUGAUGCUGAUACUGCUGCGGGAUGCGGUCACUAGACCAGAUACAGAGACAUUCCCUCCAUGAUUGACUGACUGUAUACUAGGGAAUCCCAUCCCGCUUCUCCCGGCCGGGCCCUUCUGACAUCAAACCACCGCAUCCCUUUCUGCUUUGCGUCCUGCUUUGCUUCUUGCUUUGCUUCCUUGCAGACCACACCACCACCCCCCAUCCCUCCCAUAAUAAUGCCAUAGGGCAGCUUCCAUUCGCUUCUCCUACAUUUCCUGCCGUGGCAGACCAUCAUCCGGACUAUACUAAUAGUAAUCUCUACCUGUCGGCCCUGCCUUCAACGCGACAAGUCAGCUUCCCGCCGUAUCCGUCGCUCGGUCCGCUGCUCGAUCCGCUUUACCUCACCCUGUGCCUCACGCCGCGCGCCGUACGUCGUCGCCGUUAAUGCUUCUCGAGGGAUAGGUCAAUGGUGCGCUUCACGACGGCAUCGGUUGCUGUGUACGAGGCCGAAAACUGUAUCGACUCGGCUCUUACUUAUAGCGUCGCUCUUCAUCACGCCUAAUCUACCCUCAACAUGACCUCUUCCGCUGCGUCGAUAAGGGCGCUGCUCUUCAACUUCUUCUGCCUCUUCGCUCUUGUUCUGCCCGCCACAGCCGAACGGAAACUGGAAACCGACUCUCUUAACGCUUGCCAGGCAAACUCGGGCUUCACAGCCAGCUUGUUCAAUCUUCGUUACAUCCCCAGUGAGAAUAGCAUUCAUGUCAACAUCAGUGCUGUCUCCACCAUCGAGGCCAACGUGAAAUUCGAUGUCACCAUCUCUGCCUAUGGCUAUCAGUUCUAUUCCCUCAUCCUCGAUCCUUGUGAAUUCGACCUGGCUGGCUUUUGUCCCAUGGUAUCCGGUAACCUAGACGACCCGUUCAGCAUCAACAACAUCGACCCCAAAACCGCUAGCCUCGUGCCUGGAAUUGCCUACACCUUCCCCGAUAUCGAUGCGAAGGUGCGGGUGUACAUCAAUGCGACGAGCGGUCCCAUGGCAGGCCAGAGUGUUGCAUGUCUAGAGGCCACGGUAUCAAAUGGUCAGACUGUUGAUCUAAUUGGAGUUAAGUGGGCGUCCGCCGUCGUCGCUGGUCUUGCCCUUGCGUCAUCCGCCCUUCUCUCCGGCCUGGGCCACUCGAACGCUGCAUCCCAUGUUGCCGCCACGGCCUUGGCCCUCACGAGCUACUUUCAAUCUCAGGCUAUGGUUGGUCUUGUCGGUAUUCCGCUACCUCCAGUUGUUCAAUCGUGGACCCAAGACUUUCAGUGGAGUUUGGGCAUUGUCAAUGUUGGUUUCUUACAAGACAUCUUUACCUGGUAUCAACGUUCGACAGGGGGUACGGCCGCGAGAAUCAUUGAUACUUUGGCUACUGUAUCCGUCCAAGUCCAGAAACGAUCUGAGCCUCUGGUCGCACCAGCCAUGAGCUUAUUCAACCGUGCAGAGGCAAUUAUGCCACGCUCUUUGCCGAGUCACGUCUCAAGUCUGGCGAAGCGUGGUAAUGUCAAAACCGAUUAUGGUUCAUACAUCGUCUAUGGCAUCCAGCGCGUUGCUUUUAGAGCUGGUAUCGAGACUACAAACCUCUUCCUCACGGGUAUUGUUUCUUUCUACGUGGUCAUGGUCUUCGCUGCAAUCCUAGUUGCCCUCUUCAAGGGAUUGUGUGAGCUGGCUGCCAAGGCGCGAUGGAUGAAGGGCGACACAUUUUUAGAUUUCCGCAACGGAUGGCUUACUGUGCUUAAAGGCAUUCUCUUUCGUAUCACCCUGAUCGGAUAUGCCCCGGUGACCAUACUUUCUUUGUGGGAGUUUACUCAGCGAGACUCUGCCGCCGAAGUAGUUUUGGCAGUGUUCUUUCUCAUAUACGUAAAUUUUGGCUUAGGUUGGGCCUCGUAUAAAUUAAUCCGGAUUGCUCAUCGCUCGGUUCAACUUCACAGAAACCCUGCAUAUAUUCUCUUCUCGGAUCCCCAGACCCUGAACAAAUGGGGUUUUCUCUAUAUCCAAUUCCGUGCUUCUGCGUACUACUUCAUCGUGCCAGUACUUGGCUAUACUAUUCUGAAAUCAUUCUUCAUUGCUUUUGCUCAGAAUGCCGGCACUGUCCAAGCAGUUGCACUGCUCCUCAUCGAGGCGGGCGCUCUUAUAGCUGCCGCUGUUUUGCGACCGUGGAUGGACAAGAAGAUCAACUCUUUCAAUAUCGCCAUUUGCGCUGUAAAUUUUGUUAACGCCGUCUUCCUAUUGAUCUUCACAAAGGUCUUCGAUCAACCACCCAUCGUCACUGGUGUUAUAGGCGUGGUUCUUUGGAUUCUCAAUGCUGCGACUACCCUGAUCUUACUCCUUGUGCUAAUCAUUUCUACUGCUAUCGUCUUCUUCACUGAUAAUCCCGAUGGCCGAUACAAAUUUAUGGGUGACGACCGAACUUCGUUUAUGAAGUCUCAGAGCCAGUUAUCACCGAAUGGUGAGCUCGAUGCACUAGCAAUGACGGCUCGUGGCGAUAAAAUGGGAGGCUAUGGAUCUGGAUUGGAUGACAACGAGUCUCUCAAGCCGCCGUCAUUCCAUCACCCGCCGCGCUCGCGUCCUCAGUCUGUAAAUCGCACCGUACCAUCGUCAGCAGCAACUGCCUCUAGUACGAGCACAGUGCAAAACGACCGUACUCGCUAUUCUGCUGAUCAACACCCCUCAUUUGCGCCAACCAAUGGCGAGAUUCCACGAACAGCCAGCCCUUCCAUUCACUCUAUCUCCCAAGCGCAAAAUGCUAGCCCUUGGCAACGAGGCGCCGGGUACGAGCACUAAAAAGCGCUCCAAAUAGUCAUAUCUAUCCUUUUCCCUCACGAGCAAUCGUUCAUUCACGAGCAGCGAGUAUUCUUGAAUAGUUAUUUUCAGCAUGUUUCGAUAUCCUAUUCUGUUGGUAAACUUCGAGACAAAUUUAGGUUGGCGACCACCAUGUCUCUUGAUGACACUUAAGGGGCAUAGCAAAAUGUAUAUUUGUGAGAUAAUCGCGACAUAGGACCUCUAUCGGGCGAGGUUGGGCGGAGGCGGAUCUUUGGAGUUGUAGGCGUUAUGACGUGCGAUCUGGUAGCAUUUUCAUCACUCUUUAGAAUAUUGUUUUCUUAUCCAAUCUGAAAUCAACACCAUGCCAACGGA